UUCAGUUAGCUACAAUUCAGUUAGGAAUAUAAUUUUCAUUGUUACUGUGUCGUACGAUGGAAGAACCUGUAAAGAUCCAGAAAACAAUUAAAUGGCCACAAAUAGUUGCAGCACUUUCAGCUGCUGGGGGAGCGUUUGCUGUUGGUGCCGCAAUAGGAUGGCCAGCACCAGCAGGUCCAAGAUUGGUUGGAGGUGAAGAAGAUUAUUUUAGUAUCGGACAAAGUGCAUUUGAUUGGACUUCUUCAAUUUUAAAUGUUGGUGCUGCAAUUUCAUGUUUACCAAUUGGAUAUUUAAUGAAGAAAUUUGGAAGAAAAUGGGCCAUGAUCGGUCUCACUCUUCCAUUUGUAGUUGGUUGGGCUCUCGUGAUUUGGGCACAAAAUUUCGCAAUGCUCUUCAUCGGGAGAUUGUUGAUUGGAUUAGCGGGGGGAGCUUUCUGUGUCUCAUCGCCUCAGUAUUCAUCCGAAACAGCUGAAAAAGAAAUUCGUGGCAUAGUGGGGACAUUUUGCGUUCUUCUUAUUCACCUUGGAGUUUUAUAUGCUUAUGUCGUUGGAGCAUUUGUCAGCGUGUUUUGGCUCAGCAUAAUCUGUGCUUUACUUCCAAUUCUCUUUUUUGCAACGUUCAUAUUUAUGCCUGAGUCACCAGUCUACCUUAUCACUGAAAAACGUGAAGAUGAUGCGAUAAAAUCUUACAAAUGGCUUAGAGGUUCUUCGUACGAUCCAUUACAUGAAAUAACUGAAUUGAAAGAUGAGUUAGAAGAAAACGAAAAAAACAAAGUUUCUUAUAGUGAAGUCUUUGCACGAAAGUCUACAAGACGAGCUCUCGUUAUUGGAUUUGGUCUUCUGUUUUUCCAACAAUUCAGUGGAAUAAAUGCAGUUAUUUUCAACUCCACCAAAAUUUUCGCGGCUGCCAAUACUGAUAUUGAUCCCGAUUAUCAAACAAUCAUCAUUGGAUCUGUGCUUGUGGGAGCUACUUUCCUUGGAAGUGUUUUAGUUGAUAAAUUUGGAAGAAAAAUUCUCCUCGUUAUGUCAAGCGUGGUUAUGUCUAUAACGUUAAUCACAUUUGGACUUUACUUCUAUCUACUUGACAUUGAAUCAUCAGCCGUCGAUAGUUUAUCUUGGCUGCCUUUGACUUCUCUAUGCCUUUUUCUCGUCUUCUAUUCAAUUGGAUACGGUCCACUUCCUUGGCUUAUCCUCAGUGAAGUUUAUUCUAAAGACUGUAAUACUAUAGCAAGUCCAAUUACUGGAACAUUCUCUUGGAGUUUGGCAUUUUUAAUUACCGCUACUUUCAAUUCAGUUAGCGAUGGUAUUGGACUUGGAGCAACAUUUUGGAUAUUUGCAGGUAUAAGCAUCAUUGGAAUUCUUUUCUCUUAUUUCAUUGUCAUUGAAACUAAAGCUAAAACUAUGGCUGAUAUUCAAAGAAUUCUUAAUGGUGAAAAAGUUAUGUAGACAAUGAAAAUUUUCAGAUUUUUCAUUUUAAAAAAUCCAAGCUAAAUACAUGAAUACUUUUUUUUAACAAGAAUUGUUAAUAAUUUAUAAUAAAAUUUGAAUCCGAAACAAUCUUCCC